AUGGAUGAGUGCAGAUUGAAGCUGGACAUUCAGUACUACGUCGAUCUUGCUGGUACAGACCUCUUUCAUCUACUGAGUGGUCCUGAACCGGAAAUGAGGGUAAUUGAGAACUGGCAGACAGAAGGCUUCGACAAAGGCAGAGAGUUCAGGCUUGUGAGCGAGCUGGAGGAUGCUGCUUGCACUGGAAAAGUGCAUUGUCAGUUUCUGUGCGGAAUGACUUUGGACAAACACAUGGUAAGAUACUUGUUGGAGGUGGACAGUGACAACGUUGGGCGAUACAACGAGAGCUCUUUGAGUCCACGAACAGCUGCCUUUCAGCCGAAGCUCAAGCCUCGCGCUAGGAAGGGAGGAGCUGGCGGAGGGGCGGGUGCUGAAGCAGCUGUGCCCACAGGACAAUCUGGCUCAGCAGCCGGUCCAUCAGGACGGCACACUGCUCCAGCGGGAAAUGUAGGGGGUGCUGCGCAGGCGGUAGCGCCACCUGUUCGCGCUACAGCCGCUGCAGCUGCUACCGUCCCAUCUGGACGAACAUCAGCAUCAGCGCAACGUCCUCUUCCCGACGCCCCGGCUUCCGGUCCACAACUUCCCUCCCGGUCUGCAGCGCCAGAAGCUCUUGGUCUUUCCUCACCUGCGCCGUCCCUUUCGGCAACAGUAAUAGCCAGGGAGACUCAUCAAGCAGAAGGGUUAGGUUCGGUUCAAGGGGGUUUUGACGCCCCUUCCAGAACUGCCACUGCUGCUCCUUCCCCUGCCGCAACAGCAGCCACUGGUGCAAGAGCGUCGUCUGCAUCUGCCCCUGCUGCCCCUCCAAUCGUUCCCUCCUCACGUGCUCCUACCCUCCCCGCUCCUGACACGUCUGCUCGUCCCCCUCCGCGUGCUCCUGCUCCUGCCCUAGAAAACGGUCCUCAUAUAAAUGCCGCGCGUUUAGCCCAUACUGCUGCUGCCCCUAGUGCUGCGCCUGGCACUGCCCCGGGAGCAGCAGAAGUAGCAGUGCGGGGAAAUGGGAGAGGGAGGGAGAAGGAGAAAGGGGUAUCUGGGGCUGAUAAAAGCCAAGGCGUUAUUGGGUCGGGAACCAAGGGAGUGUUCUUCCCACACUCGUUCCGGAAAGGAAAAAGGCGGUCGCAAGUGACUCCGGAGCUGCUAGCAGCGGAGGACCUGUCGGGCUUCACCAUCCAGCAGAUCAUUCAGCGCUCCGAAGUGCUCGACCGAGAGAAAGAAAAGGAGGAGCAGGAGAAGAAGCGGAUAGAGGAGGAGGUGGAGCGGAACAGAAGGAAGCUGGCCAGGAGGCGAGGCGAGGAGGUGCUUGAUGGCAGUGAGAGCCCCGGCGCCUCUGCACCUGCCAGCAACCCCCCACCCAGCAGCAGCGGCGGCGGCGGUGGGGUAUUCGCUCCCCAGGUGACAGUGAUAGACGGGCGCAUUGUGGUGAACGAGGCGAGUCUCACGGUGGACGCGCAGGGGGGGAGGGACGAUGCGAUGGAGGGGUACAAGCGGGUGGAGGAGAGCUCAGCGCGGCUCAACUAUGGCACGCAUAUGAAGAGAGAGAAGAGCGACCGGUGGAGCGUGGACGAGACAACCCAGUGGUACCAGGCUCUCCAGCAGUUCAGCACGGACGCGCUGCAGCAGUUCGGAACGGACUUUGAGAUGCUGCAGGCGCUCUUUCCUAAGCGAUCUAGACGGCAGAUGAAGGCCAAGUUUAAGCGGGAGGAGACGCUGCACCCACACCUUGUCACUCAUGCGCUCACACACCGAUGCACAGACACGCAGCAGUACGAGCGGCUGGCCUCGGCUCUCAACCCCCAGCUGGCACUGCAAGUGAGAGAAACACUGGCCGGCUCCUCUGCCUCUCCUCCCGCUCGUGCCUCUAUUGCCGCCACUGCUGCUGCUUCUGCUGGUGCUGUUGCUGUGAGGGGGAGGGAGGAGGCGAGCAGGCAGAGAGUAAGCCGGCGGCAGCAGGGAGGAGCAGUGAUCGGAAGGCCCGGGGCGGCCGUUGCUGCUGCCACCGCAGCUGCUGCCAAUGCGCUCCAUAAUAUAGUUGCCUCUGCCUCGGCUGCUGCUGUUGCUGCUGCCGGUGGUUCUCUUGCUGGCGCUGAAAUGGAUGAUGGUGCGGGUAACGAGGAGGCUUAUGGGGAGGAUGAGGGGAUGAUGGAGGAAGUGGAGAUGGAGGAGUGGAGAGCGGUAGCAGCAGAGCCUGCUGGAGAGGGGGAGGAGGGAAGGGCAGAGGAAGCAGGAGUUGGGCUAGAGGAGGCGCAUGGGGAGGGAGAUGGUGUGGAUGGUGGGGAGGAGGGAAUGGGUGGUGAAGGUGACUAUGGGGAAGGUGAUUAUGGCGCAGGGGCGGAUGGAACAGGGGAGUAUGGGGUUGUGACACAAGAAAGCGCUGCUGCGACUCAAGUAGACGGUGACUAUGGUGAGGCGGAAUAUGGGGAGGGGGAGGAGGAGAUGGGAGGGACGAUAGGGUAUGAAGACCCGUUUGCUGCAUAUGGAGGGGACGGGGAGGUGGAGGAGGAGGAGGAUCCUCUGGGUGGGUAUGGCUGA